CUAUAUAUUGCAAGCUAUAUAGAGAGGAAUCCUACAGACACCAAAUAUAGAGGCAUGCCGAAAAUACUUAGCUUAUCAUUGAUCUUAUAUUCUAGUUGUAACAUGACAACAUCGAUGACAAAGUCCUUAAAUUCCUUUGCUUUUCUCAUACUACUGCUCACUUUCUUCUGGCUAUUUCCCAUUCUCAUAUCAAAAUAUCUCCAAAAUAGAAAGUUCAAUAAUUCAUCAUCAUCAUUCCCACAACUUCCUCCGGGUCCAAAACCAUGGCCAAUUCUUGGAUGCCUCCCACAAAUGAUUCUAACAAACAUGUCGAGGUCUCGAUGGGUACACAAAGUUAUGGACGAUAUGAACACUGAUAUUGCAUGUAUCCGUCUAGGAAAUAAUGUCCAUAUUAUUCCUGUAACUUCUCCUGAACUUGCUUGUGAAUUCUUGAUUAAAAAAGACUCAAUUUUCUCAUCAAGACCACAAUGCAUGGCGGCUAGUCGUCUUAUAACUAGUGGCUACUUGACAACAAUUUUAACAAAUGGUGAUCAAUGGAAGAAAAUGAAAAGGGUUAUCACUAAUCACAUCCUUUCGGCCACCGCUCAUCAGCGGCUUCAUGAUAAAAGAAUGGAGGAAUCUGACUAUCUUAUUAGACAUGUAUAUGAUCAAUGCGCUGGCCAAAGGCUUGUAAAUGUAAGAAGUGUUGCGAGACACUUUUGUGGAAAUGUAAUGAGGAAAAUAUUGUUCAACAAAAGGUUUUUGGGAAAUGGAAAUGAAGAAGAGCAAGUGAAUGCAUGUUUUACGGUUCUUGAUCAUAUAUUUGGGUUUUCAGUCUCUGAUUACUUGCCAUCAUGGAUAAGUAAAUUGGAUUUAGAUGGCCAUGAAAAGAUAUUAAGAGAAGCAUUGAGGUGUGUGAAAAAGUACCAAGAUUCAGAAAUUGAUGCAAGGAUUAAUAUGUGGAAGGAUGAUAUUAAGACCAAAGAAGAAGAUGUUCUUGAUAUUCUUAUUCAACUUAAGGAUGGUGAAGGUAACCCUCUAUUGACUGUUGAAGAGAUCAAAGCAGAAGUUAUUGAGGUAAUGCUAGCAGUAGUGGAUAAUCCAUCAAAUGCAGUUGAGUGGGCACUAGCGGAAAUGCUGAAUCAACCAAAAACUCUUGAAAAAGCUAAACAAGAACUCGACACCAUUGUUGGAAGGGACAACUUGGUCCAAGAAUCUCAUUUCCCAAAGUUGAACUAUGUCAAGGCAUGUCUAAAGGAGGCAUUUCGGCUCCAUCCAGUUGCACUCUUCAACAUUCCUCAUGUCGCUAUUUCAGACACUAUUGUUGACAACUACUUUAUUCCUAAAGGUAGUCAUGUGUUAAUAAGUCGUUUAGGCCUUGGUCGAAAUCCUAGAAUUUGGCCCGAAGAUCCUCUUAUGUUUAAACCCGAACGACACCUCAUUCUCAAGAACAAUACCUACGAUGAAGUGAUUUUUCAAGAUCCAACUUUAAGAAUGUUCGCGUUUAGUGCGGGAAGAAGAGGAUGCCCAGGAGUUUUACUAGGUUCUGAUAUCACAAUCAUGAUGUUUGCUAGGUUGCUUCAAGGAUUCAAUUGGAGUUUGCCGCCCAAUCAUGUGCAACGAAUUGACCUGAUUGAGUCCCCCAAUAAUAUGUAUCUUGCUCAACCUCUUAUGGCUCUGGCUGAACCAAGAUUGACUGAAAAUAUGUACCCAUUGGUAUGAGGUGUUGUUUUAAACCAGUCGAGUUUUAUCCAAAUAAGUUGGUCAAGAACAAAAAUUAUGUAAUGAUGUUAUACUUUCUACUACCUAUUGAUUUUCCAAUUAUAUAUUCGGAUUUUGAUUAA